AUGGACACAGCACCACCCGAGAGGUCACAUCUGUUCUUCCAAUACCUCCGUGAAGCAGAUUGGCACACCAGGCAUCAGUACAACCCAACCGAAAGACCUGAACACGCACUUUUCGAAUCCAUCAUCCCAAACCAGCAGCAAAACCAGCAGCCAAUCUACCUCGGACUUCUGGUUCCCGAGCAUGGUUCAAUGUCAAUCGGCCUCUUGGCGCACCCCUCCCCGAUGAAUGCUACGGUGUGCCCAGAAGAUGAGGAACGGAUGACGGCGCUGUUUGCGGGAGAAGGAGUUCGGCUCAUUCCACCGCACGUCCUCGGUGCGAUCAUCAACAGCCGGGGGAGAGUGUGUCCGGGAAAUGAGAGGAUGUAUGCGCAGUUGGGGACGGUGAUGGUGCGCCCCAACAGCCUCACAGGGUGGUUCAGGACCAACUUCGUGUUCGCAGCGGAGAUCGACGAACAUGGGAAGGCCGCUCUGCUCUGGAUGAUGGAAAGGUUUGGUUACCCAAGCUCCGAUCCCCACGACCCGAGGCUUCAAACAUAUCCCGUGUUCGACCUUCGCACCCUCGUAAACAUACCGGCAGACCGAAAUCACCCUCAAGUCCUCUUGGAACUACACUGCGGCGAAGCGGGUUGGCGCGAGAGGAGCAAAGCAACAGACUAUGUAGGGGUGGGACUCACCCGCCUCAUGUACUACGCCAGCCCAAAGCCUGUUCACUUUACUACCUUGAACGACAGAAACAUUUGGAGGAACAGGAACAGGGAACAGGAACAGAGAGCAGGAACAGAGAGCAGGGACGAGAGCAGGGACGAGAGCAGGGACGAGAGCAGGGACGAGAGCAGGGACGAGAGCAGGGACGAGAGCAGGGACGAGAGCAGGGACGAGAGCAGGGAACAGAGUGAUCCAACCGGCUUGCGCCGAAUGGCAAACGAGCCCGGUAGUCCUGGCCGAUGGGAGAAAUGCGACGAGUACCGUAGACCUAGAACCAUGUAG